AUGGGAACGUCUGACAUCGACAUCCUCCCACCCGGGUUAGAGUUGGAGCUUGAGAUCCUGAGAGUCUCCUGGCAGAGAAAGUAUUUUGACCUUGGCAUCGAGACAUCUCCCAUCUCCCCCAUGGCCCUGACAAUGCUGAAUGAGCUCCUGAUUGAGGACCCAAACGCACCUAUGCUGCUGUAUCAGGUUAGCAAGACUGCUCAGUUAGAUACCGUCAACUACCAAAGCUGCUUUAUGCAAGGUGUCUUUGCCCAUUUCCCUGAGAUCUUAUUUAUCCACCGGACCUAUAACCCAGUAGGCAAGGUGCUAUAUACCUUCCUGGUAGAUGGACCUCGGGUGCAGCUGGAGGGUCAUCUUGCCCGGGCAGUGUACUUCGCCAUUCCUGCCAAGGAGGAUGCUGAGGGCCUGGCCCAGAUGUUCCAGGUGUUCAAGAAGUUUAACCCAGCAUGGGAGAGAGUCUGUACCAUCCUGGUGGAUCCCCACUUCCUCCCGCUGCCCACCCUCGCGAUGGAGUUCCCCGCAGCCGAGGUCCUGCUCUCAGCCUUUCACAUCUGUAAGUUCCUCCAGGGCAAGUUCUAUCAGCUGUCCCUUGAACAGCCCGUGGAGAGGGUGCUCCUCACUUCGCUGCAGAGCACGAUGUGCUCGGCCACGGCUGGCAACCUGAGGAAGCUCUAUACACUCCUGAGCAGCUGCAUCCCUCCGGCCCAGCUGCCCGAGCUCCACUCACACUGGCUGCUCAAUGACCGCAUCUGGCUGGCCCACCGCUGGAGAAGCCGAGCUGAGAGCAGCCGCUACUUCCAGGGCCUGGAGGUCACCACCCGCGUCCUCAGCCAGCUCUUCGGCACCACCCCAUGUGUGGAACAAGGCAUGGCCUCUCUGCUCCGAUACAUGCAGCAGAACGCGGGAGACGAGGCAAGCUUCAGCCUGGGCCUGAGUCCCCAGAACAGUCGCACCCCCUUAGAUGUCAGCCCCGAAAGCCCCAAAGCGGAGCAGCUGGUAGAAGCCCGCAUCCAGCGCUCCCUCAAUGCCAUCUGCACGGGGCCAGCCGCCCAGCUCUGUCUGGGUGAGCUCGCUGUGGUCCAGAAAUCUGUGCACCUCAUCGGCUCCGGCUCGGAGAAGGUGAACAUCCAGAUCCUGGAGGACACCCAUCGGGUGCAGCCCCAGCCCCCUACCAGCUGCAGCUGCUACUUUCACCAGGCCUUCCGCCUGCCCUGCCGCCACGUCCUGGCCAUGCUCAGUGCCCGCCACCAGGUGCUCCAGCCCGACAUGCUGCCAGCCCGGUGGACGGCAGGCUGUGCCGCCGGUCUAGACAACAUCCUGGGCAGCAAGUGGAGUGAGACGCUGGAUAAGCACUUGGCUGUGGCUCUCCUCACCGAGGAGGUGGGUCAGCUUUUGCAGCACUGCAGCCAGGAGGAGUUCGAACGGAGGUACAACACCCUGCGGGAGCUGGCCGACAGCUGGAUCGGCCCUUAUGAGCAGGUCCAACUCUGAUUAACCCUCCGUGCCCAGAGAUGCGCAUGUACAUGUACACACUCACAUCCACCCCUACACAAACACACACUCACACUUUUAACACUUCCGUGGGCCUGCCUUCCAGGAAAGGACAAGGGCCUUCUAUUCUACCAUAGCCUGUUACCUAAAAUGUGUCUAGUUCCUGAGACAGGAGUCAGCAAACCUUUUCUGUAAAGGGCUCGGCAGUAAAUAUUUCAGACUUUGCUGGCCACAGGCUCUGUUGUAUGUUCUUGGUUUGCUUUUGUUUGGCAGCCUCUUCAAAAGCUUAAAAACCAUUCUUAGCUCCAGGGCCUUAGAAACAGGUGGCCCUGCUCUAGGAUAAGACACUGGGUGGAGAUCAAGGACAGGGGUUUGGUAAUAGCUUCCCCAGUGAUUAGAUGACUCACCUGACCCACAGAGGAGAGGAGGUGGAUCCCAGCCUUUGUCCCCUGGCCCCCACCUGAAGGUCAUUAAAGUCAAUGUUGCCUAUUCCAGCACUUGUCUUGUCUUCUAGAAGGCA